AUGCUCAUCCCAUUCCGAUGUGAGGUUCCCACGCGUUUCUUUCCUGAUAUUUAUCCAUUUUUUCUUUCUCUUUUUUGGUGUUUUCGUUCUUUCUUUGGUCUCUUCUAUAUUUUUUUUCUUAUCUCUUCUCUUUUCUCUUCGCUUUUCUAUUUUCUCUUCUUCUCUAUUUCUCAUCAUUUCUAUUUUCUCUUAUUCUCUCUGUUCUCUUCUUCUCAUCCCUUCUCUUUUCUCCUCUUCUCGCCACUUCCCUUUCCUUCUUUUGUCCGUUCCUCUUUUCUCCUCUCCUCUUAUCGCGUAUCUGUCGACUUCUCUCUUCCCAUCGCUUCUAAUCUCAGCCUUCUCUAUUCUUUCUCGUCUCUAUUCUUGUUAUUCUGCAUUUUUAUAGUUUCUUUUUCUUUAUUUUUUCACAAUAUUGUGACUGUAUUCUUCCAUCACUUUUCUCUGUUGUUGUUUUUUCUUUGA